AUGGCUCAACAGCAACCCAUAACCACCAUCCCCCCCUUCAACGAUGGGAGCAAGCUCCCCGAUUGCGCCAAGGCCUGUGGACCUCUUUAUGACGCGAAUGGUGCUUGUGUCCCCCCGGCCAUCAAGCCAGCUGAUGCCGGUACCUACACAUCCUGCUUUUGUGCUCAAGCCAAGGUAGCGCCCUUCUCCAAAGGAACAUCUGGUGUUUGUGACAAUGCUUGCGACGGCAUAAAUGGCGGUCUGCAAUCGAUUGCAGGCUGGUUCCAGGGCAUCUGCAACGUCAAGAACGCCGGAGGCAACGGAGCCAAAACCACGACCGGCGCUACCACGACAUCCGCCGGCCAAUCCUCCAGCACCGGUGGCUCCUCCAAGAAUAGCGGCGGCGGCGGCGACUGGCUCUCCAACCAUUGGCAGUGGGUCAUCAUGCUCGUUGUACUUGUCGUUGGCAUUGCCGGCAUCUGGAUUGGCGCUUGCAUCUGGCGCCGACGUUACUUGCGGAAAAAGGACCGCCAGACCUCCCUCGGCCAGAAGCACUCGGGUUCUGCCUCGCGCCCCUCAUGGGGCCCGGCCGUCACUGGAUCCGACUCGGCAACGCCCAUGACCUUCAAAUCUGAUACCGAGAGAGCUGCGUAUGUCGAGAAGCCGCGCAAGACCAAGGAGAAGAAGAAGUGGACCGUCACCCAGCGGACCUAA